AUCAUGGAUACCAUACUUUCACUCAUCGAUGCGAUGGGUAUUAUUAUCCAUAAAUAUGACUUUGGAUUCAUACUUGGGUCAUUAAAACCAGAAAUAACACUUGAGAAGACAGAGAAAUUUGGCUUAUUGGUACUAACUAUUGUAAUAAUUGCGUAUUUGUCACCAAAAUCAACAUGCUCAACGUUGGGUGUUUACAAACGUGUGACGACUUUUUACUUACGAAGACACUCUUUUGCGUCACGCAUAUCCUCCAGAAAGAAUAUAAAUAUUAUCGCUGAUAUCGGUGAAACAACAAAUUGUAGCAGACUGAAAACAGUUUGA